UUUUAAUUCACUUUCAUCUUCUUCAACCUGAGCCCUAGUCCUCCACACGCCGAUUAACGUCGGCGACCGACGUAUUCUACGCUAUUUGGCGGAAAUUUGAAGUGCAAGAAGAAACCUAUACAUUUCUUGGCUUCUCUUUUUCUUCUCACAUCACGAUUUCCUCCUUUGUCCAGGGUUUCGGAUCUGUUCUGCAUCAUGGAUGAAGAUCAGGAGAUGGAGAGAUUUGACAUGGAUAAUGACUAUGAGGGUGGUCGUUUCGUUGGUGGCGAGUACAUUUAUGAAAGGCGCAAGGAGAAGCGGAGACAGACCAAAGAGGAUGCUAUCUAUGGCUGCUUCGCUGAGUAUGAUUCAGACUCGGAUGAUUCCGGUAGCAGUCGGAGGAAGAAGCGGAAAGACCGGGGUUUAGGGAGGACGGCAGACUUGACCAAGCCUGUCAAUUUUGUGUCUACAGGUACGGUAAUGCCGAAUCAGGAGAUUGAUAAGGAUUCUAGAGAAUCGGAUGGUGAAAAAGAAAGGAGGAAUGAUGAUGUCGAAAUGCUAGAUGCAGAUGAUAAUGGAGAUGAUAAGUUUAGGGGCGGUUUGGGUAGUGGAAGUUCCCGAUCUGGUUUAGGUUUAGGGUUUGGUGUAAAUUCAUCUGCGAAGAGGGAAGGUAGUAAGCUAGCUAAAGAUGCCGAUGAUGGAGAUGUUGAGGAUGAGGAGAAUCCCUUGCGCAGUUCAUUAGGGAGGAAGAUAAUAGAGCGGGCAAAGUUGAGGGAGAAGGCUAAGACCGAGAAGAGAAAUAGAGAAAGUGUGAGGGGUGGGAAGAAGGAUGGUCCGAGUGGUGAGGUUGGGCAGUUUGAGAAGUUCACCAAAGGUUUUGGUAUGAAAAUGCUUGAGAAAAUGGGAUACAAAGGAGGUGGGCUCGGGAAGAACGAACAGGGUAUUGUUGCUCCCGUUGAAGCACAGUUGAGGCCGAAAAAUAUGGGUAUGGGAUACAAGGAUUUCAAAGAAUCUAGUGCAAAAUUGCCCGGUACAAAGCAAUUGGAGGACAGGAAGGCUGUUACAAUUAGUGUCAGUGAGAAAGAGCAGAUUCGUGGUGAGAGAGGGAAAAAGCAGUGGAAGAAAAAGAAGGUGAGGAAGGAGGAUCAUAUACUUUCUGCCGAGGAGUUUUUGGAGAAAAAGCAAGAAGAGGGCUUCGGCGGCGGGCAGACAAUUAUUGAUAUGCGAGGUCCUCAGGCUCGGGUUGUGACUAACUUGGAAAAUUUGAAUGCAGAGGAGAAAGCCAGAGAAGCAGAUGUUCCAAUGCCCGAGUUACAACAUAACCUACGCUUAAUUGUUGACUUAGUUGAGCAUGAAAUUCAAAAGGUUGAUCGGGAUUUGAGGAAUGAAAAGGAAACAGCUUUAAGUUUGCAGAAAGAGAAGGAGAGGCUUGCAGUGGAAGAGAAAACACAGAAGAAACAGUUAGAAAACAUGGAAUAUAUUGCAGACGAGAUCAGUCGAAUUGAGGCCGAGAAUACAUCAGGAAGUUUGUCUCUGGAUGCACUUGCCAAGCGUUUUAGCAACCUUCAUACGAGCUAUCGUGAUGAUUAUAAGAUAUGCAACUUAUCAUGCAUCGCUUGUUCAUUGGCUUUGCCUCUCUUUAUCAGGAUGUUUCAGGGUUGGGAUCCUCUAAGAGAUCCCGUGCACGGUAUGGAGGCUAUAUCUUCUUGGAAAAGCCUGCUGGAAGUCGAGGAAGAUCAGAAUAUUUGGGUUACCUCAACACCUUAUAGCCAACUGGUCUCUGAGGUGGUAUUGCCCGCUGUCCGAAUAGCGGGAAUCAAUACUUGGGAACCGAGAGACCCUGAACCCAUGCUCACAUUCCUAGAGUUGUGGGAAAAAUUGUUGCCAUCGCCUAUCCUCCAGACAAUCUUGGACACAGUGGUUAUGCCGAAAUUGUCUACUGCCGUUGAUUAUUGGGACCCACGAAGAGAGACUGUUCCUAUCCAUGUUUGGGUACAUCCAUGGCUGCCAAUGUUGGGUCAGAAAAUGGAGGGUCAGUAUCAGACAAUUCAAAUGAAGUUGAGCAAUGUUCUCGAUGCUUGGCAUCCGAGUGAUGCAUCAGCAUACACCAUUCUUUCGCCAUGGAAAACAGUCUUCGAUCCUGUGAGCUGGGAGCAACUUAUGUGUCGGUACAUAGUUCCCAAACUACAGCUGGCAUUGCAGGAGUUCCAAAUAAACCCGGCUAGCCAGAAACUGGAUCAGUUCAACUGGGUAAAAUCGUGGGCUUCAGCAAUCCCGAUGCAUCUCAUGGUCGAUUUGAUGGAAAGAUUCUUCUUUCCCAAGUGGCUGCAGGUCUUGUACCAUUGGUUGUGUUCAAACCCGAAUUUUGAGGAGAUCAACGAUUGGUAUUUGGGUUGGAAAGGAACAUUCCCUCAGGAGCUUCUAUCAAAUGAGAGCAUCCGAAGUCAAUUCACUCGUGGUCUAGGCAUGAUGUCACAGGCAGUUGAAGGAGUUGAAGUGGCUCAACCCGGUGCAAGAGAGAACAUAAGUUACCUCAGGGCUCAGGAGCAAAGACAGUUCGAGGCUCAACAAAGGGCUGCAGCUCGUGCACAGGCACAAGCACAAGCCCAGAUGGAUGGCACUGGCGAGAUGAGUUUGAAAGAAGUGAUUGAAUCAUUUGCUCAGGAGAACGAGUUAUCCUUUAUACCUAAACCGGGCAGAAAGCACAACGGUUUACAGAUCUACGGGUUUGGAAACGUUAGUAUCGUCAUAGAUUCGGUGAAGCAGAAGGUGUUUGCACAAAAAGCUGAAGGCUGGUUUAUUGUAACUCUUGAAGAUUUGUUGAGGAUGCAUCACAGUUCCGUACGUGGAAGAAGUUAGAAGUGAUCUUUGAAUCUUCUCCAUGUUCUUCCUUAGGCUCCAAAGGUCGGUUCUAAUGUUGCCAGAAGCAAUGACAGAGUGGGUCCAUCUGACACUAUCUUAUGGUUUGUCAAAAAAUCACAUUUUGUUUGCAUUUAGUUCUCUCUGUGUAAUAGUUACAUUUCGAUGACAAAGUGCAGUUUUGUACACCAGAAUUCAUAUAAAAAAUGACAACUAUUCAAGUC